ACUUAUUGUUAUAUAAAGGGCCUUAUCACUCACCAUUUACUCACUCAAAACAAUUCAUUCUUCAAAUCAAAUCCUUUAAACAAAAAAAUGUCUCUCUUCUUCCUUGUCUUCCUUCUUUUUGUCUCUUCUGUUACAGCCUGCGAUCGCUGUGUUCACCAAUCCAAAGUUGCUUAUUUUUCCAGUGCUUCUGCUCUUCUCUCGGGUGCGUGUGGUUAUGGAAAUUUAGCAAUAGGCUUCAAUGGAGGUCGACUUGCCGCUGCUGUUCCUAAACUUUACAAUAAUGGUGCUGGUUGUGGCGCUUGUUAUCAGAUAAGAUGCAAGGACCCAAAAAUUUGUUCAAAACAUGGAACAACGGUAAUGGUUACUGAUCUAAAUAAGAAUAACCAGACUGAUUUUGUGAUCAGUAGCAGAGCUUUUAUGGCUAUGGCCAUUGAGGGAAAAGCUAAAGACGUUCUCAAAUUGGGAAUCGCCGAUGUUGAAUACAAAAGAGUUCCUUGUGAUUACGAAGGCAAGAAUUUGGCUGUUCGAGUAGAUGAAUCAAGCCAGAAGCCAUAUUACCUAGCAAUUAGCAUCUUCUACCAGGGUGGUCAAACUGAAAUUGUGGGUGUUGAUGUUGCUCAGGUUGGAUCGUCGAACUGGAACUUCUUGACCCGAAACCACGGAGCAAUUUGGGACACAAGCAGAGUGCCAAGUGGGGCAUUGCAAUUUAGGUUUGUGGUGACAGCAGGGUACGAUGGCAAGUGGAUUUGGGCUAAAUCAGUGCUGCCAUCAGAUUGGAAAAAUGGGGUGAUUUAUGAUACUGGAGUACAAAUCACUGACAUUGCUCAAGAGGGUUGUUCCCCAUGUGAUGAUGGAAGUUGGAAACUUAAUUAGUUUUUUUUUUCUCUUCUUUUUAACUGUAACACCACACACAAAGAAUAUUUAAUAAAAUCAUAGAUUGAUUCAGUUUGAGUAGACAUAGGGAUACAAAUUAAAUUCCUAUUCUUUCUUGUUCAAGUCAUAUUAGUACUGUAACAUCACAUUCUUUUCGCUAUCCAGAACAUUGAUUAAUGAUAUAAUCUCUUUUUCCAGUG